CAAUUGCGUCUGGGCCAGGCGUGGGUGUGGCUGAUAGCUUCUUGAAAAAGCCGGCUUGUGGACCUCAUCAGAAGGACUGACGGCCGUGCAAGCACCGGUCAACGCAAACAAAGGGAUACUGCCAUACAAGAAAUACCUUUUCAAAAGCACUAGUUUGCAAGAGAAUUCUAAAAAGAUGAAAAUGCUGGAGACCCCCGCCACCCAAUAUGACUCCUUCCUCUACUGGAGGCAGCCAAUCCCUGAGCUGGAUUUGUCCGAACUUCAGGACCUAGGCGUGGCUAAGGUGGUUCCCAUCCAAAAGAACAAGACCAAGAAGAAGAAGAAGUCCCCCCUGAAGCCAAAAAAAGGGGGAGAAACGACGAACGAGCUGUCUGAGUACAACGCUUUCCAGUACUGGAGAGAGCCUAUUGUCAGCAUUGACAACCUUGAUUUUAACUUGCUCUUGUGAAGUCACAUUGUCAGUACCUGUUUAGCCAUGGAUAGGAUCAGCUUGGUUCGAAAUAAACCAGUUUCGGACAUUUUGAAUUUGUCAGUCUCUUGCAAGUAACCCUUAAAUGUCUGAGAAGUCUUCUCUUUUAAAUUAAUUUAUCUGAUGUUCAAAUGACUCCAGUGUUGUCACUUAUCUCACGCCACUUUUGUCUAAAAUUAACUUUGAACCCACCGAACACACACGACCUUCUGCCAAUCUCCUGUCCUAAGAAUGAGUGGCAUUUCAAAGCACGAAAUGCAACACUAGAUGUAAUCAAGGUUGAUUUGUGAUGGUUCACUGUCAGUGCUCACUCUGUAUGUAACCACUGCAGAUACAGUGGAGGGUUUCUUAUUUUCACCUCCCUUAGAGGAGGAUGGUGUAGUAGGCAUGCCCAACACCUGUUUAGAUGAUGCAGAUCUGUUUAAGUCUGGCAUCUCUUUCAUUGAGGCUGAAAACCAAUGACAAGAACAGGGAACAUCUCUUUACUGUUUCGAUUAAUCUGUUCACUGUAAUCUAUCAGUGUGUAAAGCCAUGUCAAUACAGCCUGGAAUUCACGCUCCCAUAAAAGACAACGGUAUGGUAUUUGUCUUCAACCAGUUAUAAAUAUUGUUGGAUGUUUUCAUGUUUUAGAGCCUGCAAUGGACAAACAUGGUUUAUAUCAGUUGCCUUUUGCUUUAUUUGAGAUUCCCAUUUUACUGAGUAUUCUGUAUGCUGCUUUCAGUCUGUUUUGAGCAGGACUCAGAAGAAUAAGACUAUAAAUGCCUACUGUGAUUGUAGUUUUCUUUAUUUAUUGUUUAUGUAUUUUUCAGUUGUCUGGUUCAUUAUUUAAGAUGAAGGUUUGACUGAAUCAAGGCAGUUUCCCUCCGAAAUUCUAGUAUUUGACUGCAAAUUGCAUUGUUGAUGAAUGUCCGUGGCAUGGGUAAUAUGGCCCUACAUGGUUGUGAUGCCUGACGAAAUGUGACUGGAAAGUUAGCCAGUGUAACACGACACAUCUAGUUGUGCAUUUGUCUGUGAUGCUCCUCUGACUAAUCUCUUUAUUUGGGUCAACUGUGAAAACAAAGUCAAAUGUAAAAAAAAAUAUUUAAAAAACAUUCUUUGCAAAUAAAGAUUUUAAGUGGA